UGCGUCGUGGAAGCAGGAGAAAUAUUGGGGCGGGUUUGUCGGUUGUCCCCUCGUUCUCGCCCUCAAGGUCUAUAAAAGGAAGUCAGGGGAAGGCGAAGCCUAUCGAUUGUUUGUUCUAUAUCGGCUCCAGCGGCUUCGUGCGGUCUCUGAUUCGUCAAUUCAAACAAAAAUCAAGUUAGUUUCGGUGAUUCAAUCUCUCAUCAGCCAAGAAGAGUUCAUGUCUGGUCUCGACGUCCAGCUUCCCACGGCUUUUGAUCCGUUUGCUGAGGCAAAUGCUGAGGACUCUGCUGUGGGAGCAAAGGAGUAUGUGCAUGUGCGCAUACAACAACGCAACGGCAGGAAGAGUCUGACUACUGUGCAAGGCUUAAGAAAAGAGUACAGCUAUAACAAGAUCUUAAAGGACCUGAAGAAGGAAUUCUGCUGCAAUGGUACUGUUGUCCAGGACCCUGAGCUAGGCCAGAUAUUCCUUCAGGUCAUUCAACUUCAAGGUGAUCAGCGAAAGAAUGUCUCAACUUUCUUGGUUCAGGCUGGUAUUGUGAAGAAGGAGCACAUCAAGCUGCAUGGUUUCUGAUUUAAGAAUUGCCAACAAUUAAUACAUCUUAAUACCUAAGGGCUGUUGUUGGACAUAUAUAGAUUGUCUGUAUCUGCUUUGUUUGGAUUGUAUUUCAUGCUUGUUUGUAUCUCUGAAACUCGAGGAAGAGGGCUCAUCAUCUGCUGAUGGCUUUUCUCCAGGACCUUCAUUAUGCAAUCAGUAUAUGCAAAUGUUUAAAUAUUUCGUUUAUAUGGUUGUAUCCUUUUGGCUUCAUUGUUAUAAAUCUUAAUGUGUAUGUUUUGAAUGAUAGCUGCGUAUUAUUUUGU